CCCUAUUUUUAAUUAUGCUGACAAUAUUGUUUAUAUGCAGGGACAUUUUGAGAUGACAAAUCUGCAAAUGAUCAUAUUUUGGAUAAGGCUGAUAUAUGAGUAUGCUGUACUGCUACAUGGUUCAGAGGAGAAACCUUUGAUCAAUGGAAUUAUAGCAUCACCGACGAUUAGUCUGAUUGGGACGCACAAGGACCUACUCACGGGGAGUGAUGCUGAGAAGCAGGCAAAGAUUGAUGUCGUAUUAGGCAAGAUUUUAGAAGAACUCAAAGGGACGCCAUACGAACGUCACGUAGAUCGCGAGAUGUAUGCUGUAGACAACACCACAGCACUGGAUGAAGGGAUUCAAAGACUGAAAAGAAACGUAGGCGGUUUCAUGAAGUCAAUGGCAAGAACUGUUCCAAUAAAUUGGAUGGACUUCCAAAUUGAGGUACAAGAAGCCGGGAAAACAACUCUUCGCAUGUCCUUAGAUAAGGUAGCUAAUGCAAUUUAA